AUGAGCGGCCUUCCGCCAGUUGCGAAGUUCCACGUGUCUGGCGCCAAUAUGAAAGAGCGUUGCCUCGAAGUUUCCAAGCACUACAGCCUCAAGAACUCGCUCGAGGUCAUGCUUAACCAGACCCAGAACCUCGUCGACACGUACCCCGAGACGGUCAGACUAGCACUGGAGCAUCUUCCGAAUGAUGAGUGCUGCCAGGCAGACUGCAUACACACUUACGAGUCGCAUCUUGACCUCGGUGAAGACCCCUUUAAAACCGCGGCGCAUCUGGCGACCAAAGUCGACUAUCCUUUGCUCAAGCUCCUGCUAUCCUGCCACUAUCAAUGUGCAGACAUGAUGGAACUUGUGCUCUGCCACACUCAAGUCUGCUUCAAGUCUCUCGCCGCUGCAAAACAGCAAGGAGACGACCCCCAUCAGUUUGAGAUCCCUGAGCUCAGGAUGGGUUCUUUCACCCCCUCGCCGCGUUUUUCGCCCUCUAUCGUCACAGCUAUAUUGAUAGAUCUUCAGUCUUCUCUGGCUGGCUGUGUACUCAAGCUCACCACUGCGCUAAAGAAAUUCGACCAAGGCCUCGGAAAGGAGGGCCGUAUAAUCUUGCUAGAAUGCGACCUGCUUUCGGAGAGAGCGCAUUCGAUUGUGGAGAGCCUAAAGAAGCUGCGUGGACCUCUCACCAAGGCCGGAAUCCUCGAGUGA